AGGAGUUGAAAUGCUAAAAUUUACUUACACUGGAGCAUUUUAAGUCAUUAUUUUAAAAUGGUGAUGCCAAUAGAGGUAUAUACUAUCUACGAUAAAAAGUCUUGAAUGUCAAAAGUAGUCUCUUCCGAAUACUUCGCGAUAUCUGCAUGCGCCACUGAACUGACCUUGCAUAAAUUCUACGAGUUUGUUUUUAGUAUUUUGUAAACAAAAAUUACUUAUUUAGUUUUUUUCCUCCAAAAGCAUCCAAUUAGUUCACCUAACUUUCCGAAGAAAAACCAAAAUAAUGGAUUCCUGUUUGUUGUGUUUAGAAAUAAAUAAAGAUUUUCGGGAUUUUAUCCAGGCUAACUCAACGCGAUGGCAAGAGCUUGAAAUAACAAAAAUUCUAGAGAAACAUUUCUGGCCACUGACUAUACAAAUGGACUCGUGGAUAUGUCUAACUUGCUGGAAAGAACUGCACCAAUUUCAUAAAUUCUAUUUGCGCAUAGAAGUGGCUCAUAUACAAUUUGGAAAAGUAAACCUUGGCAAGGAAUUUAAAGAAGAAAAUGAUAUGAAAAAUUUGGCAGCUUGUUGUCUUGAGCCGGAAAUUUUAAUAGAACCAAAUAUUUUGGAAGAUGAAGAGACAAGUUGUUUAAAAACUAAUAACAAAGCAGAUAUUGGGGUAAAUCAAUUAAACAAUGAUCCUUUAGAGAAAACUGUAGUUAUUGACCAUUCUUCGGAUAGUGCAAGUGAACGAGAGGAGGACAAUCCAAACAGUCAUGAAUCAAGUAAAGAAUCUGAGCAAAAGAUAAAACGUUUAAAUCGUAAAGAAAGAGAUAAAUUUAUAGCUGAAAACUUUGAACAAAUGUUCUGUGAUGUUUGUGGUGUUCCAUUUGAAAAUUUCAGUUCCAUGCAAAAACAUUUCUCACGAGAACAUAAACGAAAAGGUUAUCUUCUUUGCUGCAAUCGAAAAUUCUAUGAACGCAACAAUUUAGUAGAUCAUUUGAAAUGUCAUCUUAAUCCCGAUUAUUUCAAAUGUCCUCAAUGCGGUAAAGUUCUAUCGGAUCGAAAAAACUUUAAAAGUCAUCUGCUGCGUGUACAUCGUCCAAAAGAUGUUGUUUUGAAACAUUCCUGUGAGAUCUGUGGUAAGUCUUUUACCCAAGGCUAUGUUUUGCGCACUCACAAACUGACACAUUUGCCCAAAGAAGAGAAAAAGUUUCCCUGCACAGAAUGUGGUAAAUUUUACGGCAAUUCUUAUUUAUUAAAAAUACAUACCGAAGUAGUGCAUUUGAAAAAACAGGCGCAAGUCUGUUAUAUUUGUGGCAAAACCUUGGGCACUAGUACCGAGUACAAAACUCAUAUGAACAAACAUGAAGGCAUACCAGCUCCAGUUAUCAAUUGUGAUGUCUGUGGUUUACGUUUAAUUAGCGAAAGAAGCCUAAAGUUGCACAAAGAAUCCCAACAUCCGGUGGGUGGUAAACAGGAUCAUCCCUGUCCGAUAUGUCACAAAAUAUCACCCACAGCUAGGGCUCUAAAAAAACACAUUAAUACUAUGCAUGAAAGGGGCUGUGAUCAUAAAUGUACUAUGUGUGGUAAAGCUUUUCGUAGGCCAGAAACUCUUAAGGAACAUAUAGCUUCACAACAUACGGGUGCAACGUUAUAUACAUGUCCCUGGUGUCCAAAGACAUUCAAUUCGAAUGGUAAUAUGCAUGCACAUCGUAAAAAUGUCCAUCCCAAAGAAUGUUUAGAGUUGAGAUUACAAAGAUAUUCAAGAAAUAUACCGCCGGAAAUAAGUUAAAGAGAAACAUUAAUACUUAUUGUGGUUUUACU